UCUGGACCGGUUCUGUAGGAUGGAGGACGGCCAGCUGGUUCUGGACCGGUUCUGUAGAAUGGAGGGCGGCGAGCUGGUUCUGGACCGGUUCUGUAGAAUGGAGGACGGCCAGCUGGUUCUGGACUGGUUCUGGACCGGUUCUGUAGAAUGGAGGACGGCCAGCUGGUUCUGGACCGGUUCUGUAGGAUGGAGGACGGCGAGCUGGUUCUGGACCGGUUCUGUAGAAUGGAGGGCGGCCAGCUGGUUCUGGACCGGUUCUGUAGGAUGGAGGACGGCGAGCUGGUUCUGGACCGGUUCUGUAGGAUGGAGGACGGCCAGCUGGUUCUGGACCGGUUCUGUAGGAUGGAGGACGGCCAGCUGGUUCUGGACCGGUUCUGUAGGAUGGAGGACGGCCAGCUGGUUCUGGACCGGUUCUGUAGAAUGGAGGGCGGCCAGCUGGUUCUGGACCGGUUCUGUAGGAUGGAGGGCCGCCAGCUGGUUCUGGACCGGUUCUGUAGGAUGGAGGACGGCCAGCUGGUUCUGGACCGGUUCUGUAGGAUGGAGGACCGCCAGCUGGUUCUGGACCGGUUCUGUAGGAUGGAGGACGGCCAGCUGGUUCUGGACCGGUUCUGUAGGAUGGAGGGCCGCCAGCUGGUUCUGGACCGGUUCUGUAGGAUGGAGGACGGCCAGCUGGUUCUGGACCGGUUCUGUAGGAUGGAGGGCGGCGAGCUGGUUCUGGACGGUUCUGUAGGAUGGAGGACGGCCAGCUGGUUCUGGACCGGUUCUGGUAACUCUGAGCCAUAUUCAGGUUCUGCUGCCUGAAGGUUUUCACAACAAGCAGCAGCUCCUGGGU